AUGUUAAAAAUAUGUAUUGCUUUCGGACAAGCUUUUAAAGACGCGGCCAUGGAAUAUACGAGAAACACUAGCCUCGGUGGAUUUAAUUUGCUUUACUAUAUACGUCGAAAGAAAUAUCAGCGACUUUUCUGGAUCUUCUUCCUUAUCGCCGGCAUUAUUGGCGCUACGUAUAUCACUUUUGAGAGUAUUAAUAACAUUUUUGAACGACCUAUCGUCACCACUUUGGAGUCGAAUCAGUAUAGUAUCAAGAAAGUUCCGUUUCCGGCUGUAGCCAUUUGCAGCGCCAACAAAUUGAGUCGAAGUGCACUAAAUGAUUUUGUAGAGGAAAUGCGUCACAAACACAAUCCACCACUCUCUCACGAAAAGUUUCUACAGAAAAUGAAAUUAUUUGCUGGACUCUUCGACAGCGGUUCGGUCGACUCUAAGGAAGCUGUCACAUUUCAAAAAGAGUUUUUAGACAAACAAAAUAUUAAUAUAACAGAAACUUUAAGAAAGUUGGCGCCCAAAUGUGAAGAUCUCAUACUGAAGUGUCGUUGGGCAACCAAGUUACAUGAGUGCGAAACUCUUUUCUCCCAGCGUUUCACUGCUAAUGGGUACUGUUGUACUUUCAACUAUAUUCGUACAAGCGAAGACAAAACCCUCGACAAACUGAAAUACCCAAUCGGUCACGGCUUUAUGAAAGGUCUAACAUUACUUUUAAAUACGUCUACACGAGAUUACUUCAUAACAGAUCGGAGUUUCUUCGGCUUUACCCUGCAAAUUUUCAACUAUGGCGACUUUCCUGAUAGUUCGAUCGGCAGUAGUGUACAGGAGGCCUUUAUACCACAAGGCAGUGAGAUUAUGCUGAAACUAAGCGCCAUUUUACAAUCAGCCACCAGCGAGUUGAGCAUGUAUAACAUAGACCAGAGACGUUGCAUAAUGUUUGGGGAAAUCGUGGGUGGUUAUAAUAAAGGUUAUAGUAGAGACGCUUGUAUGACACGAUCUAUUCUAAACACGUACAGUCUCUUUGGGGGUGGCCUAUUUACGCCCCAGUCGAAUCUCUCUCUGGACUGCCCAGCAUGUUUACCGCUUUGUAAUUUUAAUUUCUAUGUUUUUCGCAAAGUUAUCAGCUCACUCAAGGAUACUCAUUUACUUUGGGAAAACAAGCAAUUUCUCAAACUAAUUAGCAAUGAACAAAUUAACGGUGAACAAUUGAAUUUUUCUUACGAAGCUCUAACCACGUUGAUGAGGAACACAGAGGAUCUAAGUCUCGUUAGAAUCUUUUUCGAUUCUCCUUACGCUGUCCGGUUUUCGAAGCAAUCCCUGUACAGCUGGUAUGAAAUUUUAUCAAUAAUUGGCGGCAUUAUUGGCAUUUUUAUGGGUGGUUCGCUCAUUAGUGCAAUUGAAGUUAUUUACUUUUUCGUCUUAAAAUUUACUGUGGGUCGCGCUAAGGAGAUAUUUGAGUUCCACAAACUGUUAAUAGGAGCCUUCUGCCAAAAACCGCAGCGUGACUGCAAGUUGGAGCACAUGUGGGAUAGAUAG